UUACAGGUGGUUCAGGCUAGUUCGGUUGUAGGGAGAUACUAAUUGUAGUGCGUUAGGCCCUGGGUUAUGGAGUUCUCCAGGAACAGGUCGCGUCGCUUGCGAUGCUCCCCCUUGGCUGAGAUCUAUCCGUUUCCGAUCCAGUUCUAUGAGCAACCGCCGACUGAGAACGUCUCGCUGCAGGAGUUCGAGAAUUUCGCGAUGGAGAGGCUGAAAUUUCUCAAGUGUGUAGAAACACUUGGUGUGAGCCAUGUCAGGGCAUCAGAGGCCUAUAACAAGAAACUGGAAAGUGAAUUUCGAAAGCUGAAGUUUCCUUACAGAGUUUCAAAUGAAGAGAGGCUGGAUGAGUAUGAAAUAAGAAGGAAAGACCACAUCUCUCAUUUCAUAUUGCGUCUUGCUUACUGCCAGUCGGAAGAUCUGAGACGAUGGUUUAUCCAGCAAGAAUUGGAAGUAUUCCGUUUCCGAUUCAAUGAACUGCAUGACAAGCAGCUAGAAUUUCUCAAGCACAAUGAUCUGGAAUAUCAAGCUAUUGAAACAAAUGAAAAAGAAGAUGUGAAGAAGAAACUGGCCGAUUCGGGUGGAUAUAGCUCUGUUAAAAUAGCUGAAUGGUUGUUUUACAAGGUCAAUUUCACUGAAGCUCUUGAGCUGGUCCGAGUUCGGAAGGUCUUUGUUAAAAAGGGUUUUGCAUACAUACCUCACCCAGAGAUAGUGAUUAUAGUCCUGAAUGAAUUCCGACAGCGGCUUUCCAAGUCUUUGGCAAUUGCGUCAAGAUCGCUGCCUGUCGUACAAUCAGAUGAGCGACUCCAGCCUCUGCUGAACCACCUCAGCCAUGCAUACGUAGGACAGAACUAUAGUGUUCAGAAGAAUGUUGGGAAGAUUUCAUUGGAACAGAUUGACAGUUUGGCUGUAAAAUCCUAUCCACCAUGUAUGCGUCAGUUACACAAAGCCAUUCGGGAUAACCAUCACCUUCGACAUGGUGGCCGCAUGCAGUAUGGACUUUUCCUUAAAGGGAUCGGCCUCACCUUGGAGCAGGCCUUGCAGUUCUGGAAAUCAGAAUUUAUCAGAGGAAAAGUGGAUCCAGAUAAGUUUGAUAAAUUAUACGCCUACAAUAUACGCCACAGUUUUGGAAAAGAAGGCAAGAGGACUGACUAUACCCCAUUUAGUUGCAUGAAGAUCAUUCUGUCAAACCCGCCAAGUCAAGGCGAUUAUCACGGUUGUCCAUUCCGUCACAGCGACAUUGAACUUCUGAAGCAGAAACUACAGACCUAUAAAAUUGCUUCUGCAGGAAUUACUCAGAUUCUGGAUUUAGUCAAGGGGAUGCAUUACCAGCUGGCCUGUCAGAAAUACUUUGAGCUAACCCACAAUAUUGACGAAGUUGGAUUUUCCCUAACUCAUCCAAAUCAGUAUUUCAAUGAGAGCCAGAAGCUCCUGAAUAGCAGCCGAGAUAUCAAGAGAGAGUCCAGCCAGCCAGACAAUUCUCAGUGGAGCCAAGGCAGCCAGGCUACAGGAGGCAUGAGUACCUCUGUCUCUAAACCCACGAGCCAGGUGUUGUCAGCUGACAUGGAUGGUUUGGAAGAGCUUCUCAGUGAAGGAUACGUCUAGUGAUUAUUAAUGACUUUGGUAUCCAACGAUAUGCAUUGUGGGUUUUUGCAGUUCCUAAAAUGAUUCUUCCAUAUUAUUGUCUUCCGUUUAUUUCUCCCCUUCAGGGAGUAAACUUCAGAAAAUUUGGAUGCUUUCCAGAACAGCCUGUAAACACAUAUGUGAACUUGUUUGGAAUAUUAUCAUCAAGAAAAACCCACAAGUCAUGUAUUGUUAUAGUUAUCGUGGCUUAUACAUAUUGUGCCGGCAACUAGGAAUGAAUUGGGAAUAGUUAACGUGAUGCAAGGUAUAGUGUUUUACAUUGGUUCCGCCUUAGUUUUACAUUUACGAAGAGGUGUAAAAUAUUUUAGUGCAGUGUCUUAAUACUUUGCCACUUUCGGAUACUUUUACAAAGCCUAAAAUAAGAAAAGAAAUUUUCAGCCCAGCCCGCUGAAAUUUAGUGAAUACUUUGGUCAGAUGCUACCGACUACGCAAUACCAAUCACGCUCCAUCUUCUCCACUAAUCUAUAUCAUCACAAUGCAAUUGUGUUGUGAUGGCUUCACCAUCAUUAGCUAAUAAUAUAGGCUCCAUUGAAUUCUUAUGUGAUCUGUUCUUUUUGCCCAUCAGAUGAAGUGAAUGUAUAUUGUAUAACGUUGUGUAUCAUAUGUACUGAUUGGCAGCAAAUGAUAUUAUUUCAAUUUUAAUAUUCACUUUGUGUGUUCAGCUUUGAAUAUUGAUAAUAAAUUAGCGGAAAAACAAGUUUCUAGAAGACCUUAUUUUUCUUCCAAACUUAAACCAAUGUAUUUUUACAAUUAGAAGCAUAAUUUCAAAACAAUCUGCAAAAGUCAAGUUGAUUUGAAGUGCUCUGUUUGUAGCUAGUGGAUUCACGCCAGCCUUUGGUGUGAGAAAGCACACAAUCAGUAUUGUGCUGAAUGAUUGCAGGUUUGAUGGAAACAAAUGUUUUUGUUUUACAGAUGUGUUGUUCAUAGAAUGACUUCUAUAAUUUACUUUGUGAAUGGCUGUGUCUAAUGAAAGGUGUCUGCUGAUUAUCUGAUAUAUGGUCUCCAUUGACUAAGUGAAGCACAAUAUCAGCAUAGUCUAAAAGUACUGCAAUGACCUUGAUUUUGAGUUUUCCUCAUGUGCCACUUCUGAAGACCACACUGUGGUAACCAUGAAUAUCAGAAAUAGGCAAAUUGUAUUAACUCAUUGCUGGAAGUCUUGGAAUACACUUAGGUCGUGAAAUUAAGUUAAAUGUUGUAGUCGUGAGUUUAUUAUUGAUGGUGUCCUAAACUAUUGCAGUUCUCCCCAUCUAUGCGGGAAGAAACUGUCAAUGCAUUCUGAGAUCAGCACUGAAAGAUAAAUUCCAGAGAACGCUGCAUGAUGGCUUCAAGAAUCAAAUGCUGUGAACCUUAAUGUAGCCAAUAAAAGUUGUGAAUACUCCAAUUUGUUUAAAACUGACUUGCAAUAAACAAACAUACAAUUUAUUUUGGACCCUUGAGAAAAUUCAUUUACUGUGUGAUCGAUGAAGAACAGCUAGUAUGAACCUGUUUUUAGACCCAGCUUUUCCUCACAUCUGGUGUUCCUCUUGGAGAGUUUCAUGAUUUUUCCCUUCUAUAAAAUGAUUUUUUUGUUAGAAACUGUGCUUUUUCCUCCCUGUGCCAGUGUCUGUUGCAACACUACUUGUGACUGUAUGUACAACAUCCUUAUGCUGUGUUUCUUCUCUCAAUUGUUUCUCCUUGCUCUUUUUUAGCAUGAUACCACACUAGCAAUGGGAUUUUGAAGGAUUAAAGCCUUAAAAACAGAGUUAAAAUUAUUUUUAUACAUACAACGAAUCUCUUGGUUUCAUUAAUUUUUAAGAACUUUGUAAAAUUAUGCUCAAAAGUUG